AUGGCCAGAACAAAAAGAACAGCCAGGAUCACCAAUUCGGACGGCUCCUCCUUCCAGGUGCCGAUUAGUAAAACAUUUGACCAGACGCCAGAUGUUGAAAUGAACCAAGGCGGCUCGGCUGCCGAUAGCUCUGAGGGAGGGAUCAAGGUGGUCCCUUCCCAUUUUACCGUAGACAUGUCUACUCCUUCUCUCGUCCCUUCUGAAGGAGAGGAGGCGGGCCCCUCCGGGAGAGGGGAGGAGUCGGACUCUUCCGAGAGCGAUUCUGAUGCCAACUCUUCGGGUCGCCUUUCUCCUGCUCCGAGGAGAGGUGAAGCCAUGAGCAAAAUAACCGCCUCCAAAACAGCGGCUGCUCUGCUACGAGCAUCCGUCAUGCAACAACACUCAUCAGCCGAUUCUCCCACCAAGGAGACGCCCUUAACGGACACACCAAGAGCUUCCUCCUCCCAACAGCCGGACUCCAAAGUCCAAAAAACGACAGUGGGGAGUUCACCUGGUUCUGCUAGGAAACAGCCGGCUGAAAAACAGCCAGCCACCCCGUCUCAAAAUCCAAGUCGACCGCCUAGAACCGGCCCUCAAGAACCGGACCUGGUCAAAGUGGCCAAGUCCAUGAUUAAAGCCGUCCCUCCAGCAGAGAGAGACGCGGUCCGGGGUGUCGGCACCCUUGACCUAGAUGGUAUUACAGGGCUCCUUGCUGAGGCGCAGGCUACUUCCACUAUUAGGACUGAGUUGGAGGCGGCCAAGAAGAAAAACGAUCAGAUGGAGGCGACCAUCCAGAACCUUAAAGACGAGAUGAAGCCUCUUAAGCUGAAGUCGAUCCAGUACGACGACUUAGAGAAAUCUUUAGAGCGCGUCAAGGAUCGCCUGGAAAAGCAGGAGAAGAGCCUUACUGAAGAGCUCUCGGCCAAGGCCAAGCAAGAGAAGAAGGAUUUGUUUCGCCAAUGCUCUGAAACGUAUAACCAAGAAGUCCUGCUAGCGGCUGCCGAGGAUAAUGCGCUAGAGGAGGAGGAGGAGCCAAUAGUGGCCUUGGUGCCGAUUGGGGCAGAUGCGCCUAAAAAGGGUGUCGAGACAAGCAAGAAGGAUGCUUCUUAG